GCGCUCUUCCCCCCACCCCCCCCUCCCGCCCACACGGCGCGGAGUUGGCGGCGGCGGCUUCGCGCUUUGUCCCCCCCCGCCGCCGCCUCCGCUCGCCGCCCCGAGCCGCUGCCGGCAUCGCCGCCCCCGCCCGCGGGGCCCGGGCCGAGCCGGGGGAGGAGGGGGAGCACCGCCGCCGCCGUCGCGGCCGGGCCCGUUCCCCAGCGCCUCCCCCGAACACCAUAGGAGGCUCCGGCACCAAGAUGUCCAACCGAGUACUCUGCCGGGAGGCCAGCCACGCCGGCAGCUGGUACACAGCCUCAGGACCCCAGCUGAAUGCACAACUAGAAGGCUGGCUUUCUCAAGUACAAUCCACAAAAAGACCUGCUAGAGCCAUUAUUGCACCCCAUGCAGGAUAUACUUAUUGUGGAUCUUGUGCAGCCCAUGCUUACAAACAAGUGGAUCCUAAUAUUACCCGAAAAGUUUUCAUUCUUGGGCCUUCCCAUCAUGUGCCCCUUUCCCGAUGUGCACUUUCCAGUGUGGACAUUUAUAGAACACCUCUGUAUGAUCUCCGAAUUGACCAAAAGAUUUAUGGAGAAUUGUGGAAAACUGGAAUGUUUGAGCGUAUGUCUCUACAGACAGAUGAAGAUGAACACAGUAUUGAAAUGCAUUUGCCUUAUACUGCUAAAGCCAUGGAAAGCCAUAAGGAUGAGUUUACUAUUAUUCCUGUCUUGGUCGGAGCACUGAGUGAGUCAAAAGAGCAGGAAUUUGGAAAACUCUUCAGUAAAUACCUAGCUGAUCCUAGUAACCUCUUUGUGGUUUCUUCUGACUUUUGCCAUUGGGGUCAGAGGUUCCGUUACAGUUACUAUGAUGAAUCCCAAGGAGAAAUUUAUAGAUCCAUUGAGCACCUAGAUAAAAUGGGUAUGAACAUUAUAGAGCAGCUAGAUCCUGUAUCUUUUAGCAAUUACUUGAAGAAAUACCAUAAUACAAUAUGUGGAAGACAUCCUAUUGGAGUAUUAUUAAAUGCUAUCAGUGAGCUCCAGAAGAAUGGAAUGAAUAUGAGCUUUUCAUUUUUGAAUUAUGCUCAGUCAAGCCAGUGUCGAAACUGGCAAGACAGCUCAGUGAGUUACGCAGCUGGAGCACUUAUGGUCCACUGAACCACUAAAUGCUCAGGGAUGGCACCUGCACACACUCUGUAUACGGGAUCCCAGCCUAGCCCUUACAAGAAUACAGUCCCUGGUCUUUGGGUAUACCGAAACCUCAAACUAAUAGAACUUUCUUCUUUUCUAGUAGGUGUAGUCCUUCCUUAGUUUCAACACAUUAAAAAAAUGCUUUCUUGUUUAGGACAAUGGAAGGAAUGCUGGUAUUGAAACAUGUUGUGGAUUUUUUUUUUUUUGAAAAGAGAAUGGCUAUGAAGGCACGGUGGCAGACAGUCCUUACAAAUACAACAUGUAAAGCAUUUACCAUAUCCUAAAUUUGCACUCUUUGCAGACCUGUGCACAUAUACUCAGCUUUCAGAAUAGUUUUGCAAGUUGUAAACGGAAAAAGGGAUGGAAGCUUUUUAAUAAAAGAAAAAAAAGGAAAACAAUGCAUUUAUAAAUGAUCCUGUAUUAGAAUAUAAUGAAACUCCAGUAUAGUCAGUUACUACCCGUGAUGUACAACAGAUAUCUUCUAUUUUAGUUGCUAAUAAAGGGCUACACAAACCAAAAUAGUCUGAUUUAAAAUUAUUGCUUUGUGUUCUGUAUGUGGCUGCUUGUCAUUAACAUCCUUUAUCUUCAGUUCUUAUGCUUGAUAAUUCAGCCAGUCUGUAAAAUACUUUAGAAUGUAUUUUAUAUUCAGCAUUUGUUAAGACUAUUUCAUUUACAGAUUUUUUUAUCUUCAACCUGCUCUAUGAGUUCAGCUGUGCAAAAGAAUUUUAAAAACUUUUUGUAUAUUCUAAUUAAUUUUGGUUUACAAUUAUCUAUAAAGUAGUAUCUUUUAGUAUGUGAUACAAAUUUGUAUCAGAAAAACACUUUUAAUGAUUUUUAUGCUCAGUUUAUUAAAGUAAAAUGGAUGCAGUAUUUUUAUUUGAAAUGGCUUAAAAUUGAAAACAAAUAAUAGCUUGAAAAUUAUAAUUCUUUAGAGUAUGUAUCAAAUAUUUAUAGGCCACAAAAGCCAUACAGUGCUCAGAUCAAGCAAUUAUUCCUCAAAGACUUAACUGGGAGGGGAAGGUAAGGCUGCUUUUUUUUUUUUUCUCUUGAUUUUAUUCUUUGUUUUUUGACUUUGGGUAGAACUGUUUCAUGUUCCUUAAACUUCAUCACAUCUUAGGAUUUCUUGAACUUUCUUCCAGCCAAAAUAAUGUUGCAAUUCUUUGAGUUAUUGUUCCCGAAGACUUCCUUUUGUUCUAAUAAGAAAUGCAAAGUAGGGUGGCAAUACUGGCUCAUUAUCUAAAUGGAGAUUUCAUUCCCUGAUAUUUCACCUGCUGUCAAACAACCUUCUGGUAUAUUCAGCUUUUCUGGGUGGCAGAGGGGAAUUUUAGGAUUCAAGUUAGACUAUCUUUGGAGGUUGUGAGAAUUGCUGCAUACAAAGUCUUUACCUGAAAGCCUACCAGACAUCUUGAUUUUACUGUUAAAGUACCCUUUGCUAACAGGCACUGCUUGCACCACUUCUAUUUUCCUCACCACAGUUGGCCACCAUUUUCAAAACAACAGGUGAAUGCUCCAUUUACAAAAUGAACUACUUUGCAGAUAUUCAGAACCCAUCCCAAAUGCCAAACUCCUUUGCAUGUCCAUUUUUUAGUUGCCUUACUGCUCUGUCUUGUUCUUAAAGUCUCAGCAGCAAACAGUGGAAAUUACUUUCAGACCACUUUUGACAGACCAGCAGGAAGGCUGUGCAGGUAAAACUGAACUGGUAGCCAGUCUUUAUAAAUACUUGUCUGAGUGUGCCUUAUUAAAAAAGUAGUUUCAUCUUUUCAGUCUUUGGUGCAUAUGAGUUCAGUUAGGACUCGGGUUUCUUUCAGUCUUAUGCCAAAUGCUCAAUGUCAUUAUUGAAACACAUAGUUAAUUGCAACCUUUCUCCCGAAGGUAAACAUAGUAAUUAGCUUCUGGAUAUAAAUGCCUACGUUGCAUCUUAGUUCUGUAAGAUAGUUUUAAUAAAAACAAAACAUAACUGGAAGAGCUUCAAGGAAAUUAAUCAGCCAUUUUGCUCAGCACAAUGUUAUGAAAUAUCUUACAGUGAAAGCGCUUCACAUGUAAACUGUGUAAUGGAUUUCAAAAUAAAGUUUCUAAUUAAAAUGGGA